AUGGAGCAAAUCACACAGCUAAAACGCCGCACAACGGACAUGAUCCAGUCGAUUCCCCAGUCGAUUCCCCAGUCGCUUCCUCAGAUGCCUCAGUUUCCUCAGAUGCCCCGGCUGCCUCACAUCUCGGCGCUGUCGUCGUUUACCAAGCCCGGCAGCCAUGACUCCCACUAUACGCUAAAAGGAACCUGGCAGCGCGUCGCCAUUCCGGCCCUUCCCCGCUCCUCGCACUCGAUGGAUGUGGUUGCCGGCACCGCCUACGUCUUUGGUGGCGAGAGCACCAGCGCUCGCCAGCCCACCGACAACUCUAUGCACGCCAUCAUUCUUCCUACCGGCAGCGCCACGGCCGACUACUACGCCAUCAAGGCCGUGUCUGCCAAACCCGAGCCUGUGGUGCCAAUUUCGGUGCCCAUCAUCCAGGAGCCGACAUCCGAAUCAGAGCCAGUGGACACUUCCGAGCCAGAGACGGCGGAAGAAGAGGAUGCCGACGGCCAGAAGCGCAGCGUCGACAAGGGCAAGGCCAAGGAAGAGCCUGUCGAGGAGAUACCGUUGUCCGGCCCAGCUCUGGGCUCGGUGCCCGAGCCGCGUGUUGGCCACGCCACUGCCGUCAUCGGGAACCGCAUCUUCCUCUUUGGCGGUCGUGGCGGCCCCGCCAUGGCACCACUUGAAGAGCGUGGCCGCGUAUGGGUUUUUGAUACCAAGGCCCAUACCUGGAGCUUCCUCGACCCGCUGGCGCCUCCUGUGGCUGCGCCUCUGCAGGCCAUGCCAGAAGAAGGCGACACUGGUCUCGGCACCACUGCGGCCUCACGUCCCGUCUUCCCGGCAGCCCGCAGCUAUCAUGCUGCCGUAGCCUGGAACCAGCCGGGCAGCUCUACCUAUUCCAACAACCGUCACCGUCGUGCUACCAGCUGGGUAGAGUGGGUCGAAGGCGACAGUGCUGAGGUGGGUACGCCACAGCGGCCCAUCGUGGGAAAGAUUGCCGAACGCGCACGCGAUGUCGACAGCGAUGGAUACGGCUCCUUUUUUGUGCACGGUGGCUGUCUGGCCGAUGGUAGCCGCACCAACGACUUGUGGGCCUUUGACGUCCGCACACGCACAUGGAAGGAGCUUCCUUCCGCACCAGGGCUUCCGCGGGGUGGAACUGCGCUCUGCCUCAGUGGCGGUCGGCUGUACCGCUUCGGUGGCUACAAUGGCGUGUCCGAGGAGGGUGGCCGUCUGGAUUUCCUCGCACUGGGACUAAGCUCAUCGGGAGAGACGAGCGCCGAGCCGGUCAGGGUCACUGUGGCAGCCAAAGGCGGAUGGCACAGCCUGAUUUCGGACACUGUUGUCGCCGUGGAGUCGUCCCGUGAAAAGGAGGAAGAGGCCAAAGCUGCUGCUGCCGUCUCUGCUGAAGCUGCGGAAAAAGAGGAUGAAGAGCCUACAACUGUUGCCACCGACGUAUCGGCAUCCACAGAGUACAAAGGAGCCGUAGCCGUGACGACCACUCCGGCUGCUCCGGGUGUCUCGGCCGCUCCGGCUCCCACCAUUAUUGUCUCUGGCCCAGAAGACGUCUGGCCGGGCGCUCGCUCUGUCGCCAGUCUGGAGUCUGUCUCUGUCGGAGGCGGCUGGGAGUACCUGCUGCUGGCACUGGGCGAGCGGUCGCCGAGUGGUACCGGUCACGAGGCGGCUGGCGUCUUCUGGGACGACGUAUGGGCAUUCCAGGUGCCGUCCGAUCGUUUCAGCGCGGCCGGCGUCUCCGAUGCCGUGACUAGUGCCGUUCACAAUGUGCGCAGCAAGCUGCCGCGUGGCUGGUUUGGCAGCCUGAACGGCAGCACCGGACAGCGGCAGGGUGAGGGCCGAUGGGCGCGGCUGGUGACGGCGCCGUAUGACGCAGACGAGGCCGAGGCCGAGGGUCACGGUGGCAGCGACGUCUACGGUCCUGGGCCGCGCGGAUGGGCAGCCAGUGCGCCGUUGCGAGAGUUGGAGGAGAAUGCUAUUGUGAUCUUUGGCGGACUCAACGACACCAACAACCGGCUGGGCGAUGCCUGGAUUCUACGGCUGGGAGAUGAGACGAUCGAGCAGAGCUGA